UCCAGGGGUUUCCUUCCCAGGGUACCAAGGGCUUUCCAUGCUCACGCAGAAGAGGAGACAAGUUCCCACGCAUUGUGGAGGUCCGCUGUGCAUCUUGCAACACAGACUAGGCUACUCCGCAGGGCAAAAAAAAUAAAAUUCAAAUAAAAGCUCUGGUGCCAGGCGCCAUGCCCAAUGACUGACUCUGUGGUCGUAUCCAAGUGCUGCACAGAAAUUUAGUCCGCAUCAUUCCCUGACAGCUCCCCGAGAGAGAGAGAGAGAGAGGGAGACAAGCAGUGCUGGAUUCUCAGCACAGCAUGACUGACACAGUGAUGAGCAGCAGUUCAGAUCGCUGGGGGUCCAACGACAGGCAGAGAAACAUGCAUGCCAGUGAUAAAGAACAGGGUACCUGGACCGUGCAACAGGGUCCUGGUUCUGGUCCAGACCUGACAGAUGAAGAAAAGGAGAUCAUAAACAGUGUGAUCGCUCGAGCUGAAAAAAUGGAGGCCAUGGAGCAGGAAAGAAUUGGGCGCUUAAUAAACCGUCUAGACGACAUGAAGAAGACUGUAGCAGGGGACGGACUGUCCCGCUGUUUGCUGUGUGGGGAGCAGUUUGGCUCACCCGGUGUCAGCUCAGUGGUGUGUGAGGACUGCAAAAAGAAUAUGUGUACCAAGUGUGGUACACAGUGUAGCAGUAAACCACGUGCUGUGUGGCUAUGCAAGAUCUGCAGAGAACAGCGAGAGGUGUGGAAGAGGUCUGGUGCCUGGUUCUUCAAAGGUUUCCCUAAGCAUUUCCUGCCGUCGCCUAUGCCAUUAUCUAAGCAAAAAGAGACACGUACCCAAGAGGCAGCGGAGCCCCAGGGACCACCUGCCUCCAAGACCCGAGAGGCAACAAGCCAACCUCAAGCACCAGGACCAGAGCAGCAGGGCCGUGCUGGUUACCCACCUGUGGCCCCUAAACCAUCAGUUGGACGCAUGGCCACGGGUGGGGCUGGCCCUGAAGAGGCAGGGCAGGGCAGCCCGGUGGUGAUGAAGAAGAUGGUGCCAGUGCAGAGCUCCAGACCUCAGCCUGCUGCAUCAUCUAGCAUGGCCCAGCAGGGACCAGUGGCAGGAGAUGGAGGGUCCUACUCCUCUGGUGCAGUUCCUCAAGAGCAGAGAGCGCCCCCUGCAGUCAGAGAUGACAGGAGGCAGGCCGCCGCCUACAGUGCUCCUCCCACACGUCAGCAACCUCCCCAAGCUGAGGAGGAGGAAGAAACAAACGACUAUGACUCUGAUGAAGCUACCACUCUGGGCUCUCUAGAGUUCAGUCUGCACUAUGAACAGGAGAGCAACAGCCUCAUCUGUAGUAUCCUCAAAGCAAAGGGACUGAAGCCCAUGGACUCAAAUGGACUGGCAGAUCCUUAUGUGAAGCUUCAUCUGCUGCCAGGGGCUAGUAAGUCUAACAAACUGCGCACAAAAACCCUGAGAAACACCCGCAACCCUGCGUGGAAUGAGACGCUCACCUACCACGGCUUGACAGAUGAGGACAUGCAGCGUAAAACCCUCAGGCUCUCCGUCUGUGAUGAAGAUAAGUUUGGGCAUAAUGAGUUUAUUGGGGAAACCCGAGUGGCGCUGAAGAAACUGAAGAUGAACCAGAAGAAAAACUUCAACGUGUGUCUCGAGAGAGUUGUCCCUACGAAGAGGACUGCAACAGCCGGGGGAGCCAGAGGCAUCGCUCUCUAUGAGGAUGAGACAGGGAAGGAGGGCGGAGAGGUGGAGGAGCGCGGGCGGAUUCUGAUGUCCCUCAUGUACAGUACCCAGACCAACCGUCUCGUCGUGGGUGUUGUGCGCUGCGUUCAUCUAGCUGCAAUGGACGCUAACGGCUACUCUGACCCAUAUGUUAAAAUAUGCCUGAAACCUGACAUGGGGAAGAAGGGAAAGAGCAAAACACAAAUCAAGAAGAGGACUCUGAACCCAGAAUAUAAUGAGGAAUUCAGUUACGACAUCAAACACAGCGAUCUGGCCAAGAAGACUUUAGACAUCUCCGUGUGGGAUUACGAUAUUGGGAAGUCCAAUGACUACAUUGGUGGCUGUCAGCUGGGUAUCACUGCCAAAGGAGAGCAGCUGAAGCACUGGUACGAGUGUUUAAAGAACAAGGACAAGAGGAUCGAGCGCUGGCACACCUUGUAUAACGAGAAUCACACUGCUAGUGAUUAACCACAUACCACAGCAUGAGCUAAAACCUUGCCUCCCUACUUGGUUUGCAUUCAUAUCUUAUUGCACUUUUCUUCUGUUUUGUCUAUACUUUCACUCUCUGACCAUCACAGAGGCUUACUUGCAUCCUUACCCCCCCCCCCCCCCCCCGGUUGUGUAUACUCUUCUUUCCUGUCCUCUUAUUAACAGUUUCUCUGCCUGUGCUGAUAAUUAAUCUGCCUCUCAGACAAAUCACAGCAUCAAAGAACUAGAAAUGUCACAAACACACAUGUCAAUGAAGAGCUACACACAGACCAAUCAUGCCUCCAUGAUGUUGUGUAGCGUACUGAACUUGACACGUUCUUUGCUUAAGAAAAUAAAGUUGAAUAAUUGCACUGGCACAGAACAAGAAUAGCAAUAUGUUAUGGCAUAUGAGGUCAAAAUCAAUGUUUAAAGACAUAAAAGCUUUGAUUGAUGCUUAAGUUUUAUUAGACUGUAAGGGUUUUUUAUUUUUUCUUCUAAUUUGUCACGUGAUGACAUCAUGCUGUAGUGUACUUGAACUGUAUUCGCAUGCCAAGCCCCAGAUGUAAGGAAACAUGCAGCUGCACCUUCAAAUAUUUCACCUGUGCCCACUGUCCUCAGCAUUUUGUAUAUUCCCAUGAAGAAAUGUUUACAUACUGAUACAUUGCUCAGGUUAGGAUAGACAUCUGAUAUACAGAUGAGUCAUAAGUCAGUGGACCAUGAGCUAGAUGAUUCUUUCAUCGGUUGCUGUUAAUUUGUGAUUUAGAAUGAUGGCACACUUAGUUGAUUAGAAGUUUUUAUGUAUGCUUAGGUCAAGCUGUGAGAUUUGAUUUGUAGAAAGUUAACUGUGAUCAGAAUUGGCAGGAAAAGGGCGUUUCCUCCUGCUACCUCUGCUCUUCUGAAGCUUGUGGUUCACUCUGACACCUCAAAGGAUUUCUACAGUUGUGUUUACAAAGAAUGCACACGGUCUGAACUCUUAGAGAUUCCCCUUUCCAAGGAGAAAGGGUGGUAUGGGUUAUGUCAAAAGUAUGUGCAGCUUUACCUGCAUGCACUGUGCUCGUGACUCUGGUGUGCCUGGGGCAUGGCCCGCUUUCACCCCAACGCACCAUAUUGCACAAAGCAGGGCUCUUUCUCCUGUGCCACGCCCCAAUCAUAAGAGGCUUUAGUGUGUGUUAGUUUAUUGAUCACAGCAAAAGAAGGAAA